GGCCGGGUUUUUUUUUUGUCCCCGAGUAACCCGGUUCAAGUAUUUACGUCUUCCUUCCUAUUCGUUUCAUUUCAGACUGCUGGCAUUGCAUUCGGUGGUACGAUACCCAAUUGCAAUAGUUGACGUUUAUUUACACGUUUACGGAAGUGUUGUGAAUUUUGACUUUUUAAACAUUGGUGAAAUAAUCACACGUGGGCGUUCACCUUACGAACACGAUGCAAAGAGUACAUUUUUUGAAAGACUCCUUCCUGAGUUUGGAUGCGUUCCACAAGCAGAUUGUGAUUGGGACAGCAGUUGCAGCAGGGGUUGUGCUCUACAUUCAGCGCAGACGAUGUCACAAAGUCCAAACUGUUCCUCUUGGGGAAGGAUGGUGGGGAGCAGGCGAGAGGCAACAGUCAGAAGACGACAAGAUUUAUUAUUUUGAGGUGCAGACCUCAGAUGAUGAAAUCAAGGACCUUCAUGAGCGGCUUGACAAAACCCGCUACACUCAUCCUCUGGAAGAUUGCGCCUUUCAGUAUGGAAUCAAUUUAACUUAUCUCAAGAGCGUCGCUUCCUACUGGAGACAUGAGUUUGACUGGAAAAAACAAGUGGCCAUGCUGAACAAGUAUCCACACUUCAAAACUAAAAUUGAAGGAAUAGAUGUGCAUUUUAUACACGUGCGGCCAACUCAAACAAAACAGAAGGUUGUCCCACUUAUGCUUGUUCACGGCUGGCCAGGCUCCUUCUUUGAAUUCUACAAGAUCUUGCCACUUCUCACAGAAACCAACAUUGAUAUUGCCUUUGAGGUCAUUUGCCCGUCUAUACCUGGCUAUGGUUUCUCUGAGGCCCCUCAUCAACAAGGUUUUGACAGUCUCGCUGCUGCCAGAAUUUUCCUGAAGCUGAUGGAGCGUUUAGGGUUCUUGCAGUUCUAUCUGCAGGGAGGAGACUGGGGCUCCCUCAUCACCACCAACAUGGCACAAAUGAAACCUCAGUGUGUGAAAGGUCUCCACUUAAACAUGUUUAUGAUGAGAAGAGGGUUUAAAGUGUUGCUGUCCCUCCUGGUUGGCCCUUAUCUUCCCUUCUUGGUGGGGCUGAGCCGGGAAGAUGUCCGCCGCUUGUUCCCUUUCUUUGAAAAGAAUGUGUGGACCAUCUUGAGGGAAUCGGGCUAUUUGCACAUUCAGGCAACCAAACCUGACACCAUGGGCUGUGGAGUGAAUGACUCUCCUGUAGGCUUGGCUGCCUGCAUUCUGGAGAAGUUCUCCACCUGGACUAACCUGGAGAACAUAUAUUUGGUGGACGGUGGGCUGGAAAGGAAAUUUAGCCUGGAUGAUCUCUUAACGAAUAUCAUGAUCUACUGGACCACAGGCUCCAUUGUCUCCUCCAUGCGCUUCUACAAAGAGAACCUUAAGGGUAAUCUAGACAACAGGGUUGAUUCAAGGACAAGGAUAUUUGUGCCCACUGGACUGGCUGCCUUCCCUGGAGAGCUGAUGCACUGCCCCAAAUCGUGGGCCCAAAUUAGGUUUCAUAACAUUGUCUCCUACACAUUCAUGCCUCGAGGUGGUCACUUUGCUGCCUUUGAGGAGCCUCAGCUGCUUGCCAGUGAUCUAAUCCAGUUUGUUAGAAAGGUGGAGCUUUGAACACACAGACAGACACACACACACACACACAUUAGUCAGCAUACACAUAUUCCACAAUAUCUCAGAAGACAAAGAUAUAUAAGUAUAUAAUUAUUAUAUAAUUCUUGUCAAACAAUUUUAGAAAAUAGGUUGUAAACACAAUAAACACUGUGAUUUAAACUGCAGGUCCAAGUGCUCAAUAUCCGAUUUCCGUCUUUUUAGAUGUACAUUUCAAGUGACACAUACUAUCUGAUAUGACUGUGUUUACAUUCAUAGAACUAAUGAAACAACAUGUAUUUGCAGAUGCCCAAAUUAUACAUAAUAGCUCCACAUGCGUCAACACUGGGCAGCAACAACAUGGCAGUAAACAAUAGAUAAAUACUGGAAUACAAAUACAGUAUUAAACGUUACAUACCAUUGAGUCGGUCUGGGCUGACUCUUCCCCACCCGUUGAUUUAGAUAAGGGUAACCUCCAUAUUACUUAAUUGGCUGCCGUCUGCAAUAAUUAAUUUCAAUCAUCGACACACCUCUAAUGAACCACAUUUAGACUAUGCUGUAUGUCAAGGGUCACCUACACAGUGCCCCCAGGAACCAGGGCGCGCCCACAUGCGCAUUUAAAAAAAAAAAAAAAAGGGCUCACCACCAGUGAAAUUAAAGUCCCAAGUGCCAAUAUAAUGAUUGAAUUAUUGUGAGAAAGCAAUAUGAUCAGUGUCUUCACAUAGAUGAAUAUAAUUAGUUAUUUAUAACAUAAAGGUAAUUUCAGCUAAUUUGUUAUUUUAGAGGGAUGUAUCAAACUGGUAGCCCUUCACAUUAACCAAUACCAAAGAAGUACAUCAGAUCUCAGUUUGAAAAAGGAAAAAUUGUGCCGUAGUUGUCCUGUUGGAACUUGGCCAAUUUCCCAUGACAAAUACAAUUGUUUAUGAAUGGUGUCUGCUUAAAAAAAAUAUCAAAAUAAAUACAUAAGUGUUCCCAUGUAACAAAGCUAUCUCUCUAAAUAAGAUAUCGCACAUCAUAUGCUUGUAUGCCAUGAAAUGUUAUUACAAUAAUUCAUAAUCUUUUUUUUUUUUUUUAUUCUAAUUCUAAAAAACACAUAUUUCAAGUGACAGUAAAAGUUUUGGCCAACAGGAGGGUUUGUGUGCACAUGAAGCCUCACGAAAUCAACCUUUUUGUGAACCAAUUGGAUGGAAAGCUUCAAUCCUCUUCUUAUCUGACCAUCACUACUUUAUAGGUUCUACUGUAUUUUGCAAAGACUAUUAAAAAAAAAAACAAAAAAAAAACAAGCAUACCUCUUGUGAAUCAACUUAAUUUUUAUUAAGAUUGUUGCAAUAUUUUGUAAAAAUAUCAUGGCUUAAAGUGAGUUUUCUGGGGCGGGGGGAGUGUUCAUGCUUUCCGGUUGAGGUAAAUUGCAGAUUUUAAUUACAGUUGUUACUAUUAUUAUAGGCGGCACAGUGGACGACUGGUUAGAGCGUCAGCCUCACAGUUCUGAGGACCUGGGUUCAAUCCCCGCCUCCACCUGUGUGGAGUUUGCAUGUUCUCCCCGUGCCUGCGGGGGUUUUCUCCGGGCACUCCGGUUUCCUCCCACAUCCCAAAAACAUGCAUUAAUUGGAGACUCUAAAUUGCCCGUAGGUGUGAAUGUGAGUGUGAAUGGUUGUUUGUUUGUAUGUGCCCUGCGAUUGGCUGGCAACCAGUUCAGGGUGUACCCCGCCUCCUGCACGAUGACAGCUGGGAUAGGCUCCAGCACGCCCGCGACCCAAGUGAGGAGAAGCGGCUCAGAAAAUGGAUGGACUAUUUUUAUAUUAUUUGUCCAAUGUUUUUGUGUUUUCCAUUGCUCUAGCUCACUCUCAAUAUAUUAAAUGUUUAAAUGUA